AAUAGUGAACUAUUGACUGUAGAUAAUCUUGGUGAACAUUUCAAUAUGUCUUUAUCAAUUACUGAUGGAAAGAAUGUUAUUGAUACGAUAAUUAUCAUGGUUACUCUCAAUCCAAUCAUUGAUCAACAAAUUAUGGCACCAAAAUUUUCACAUAGUAUUUAUGCAUUUGCGGCAAAACCUGGUGAAUCUUUUGUUGGACAGGUAUUUGCGCAAAGUUUAGAUAGCGAUGUGACUUAUCAUAUUGCUGAAGGUGGUGCAACAUUAUUUCGAAUUAAUCCAAUCAAUGGGAGGAUUUCUUAUCAUGGUCCACUUAGCAAAGAUCCAUGUAAUUAUGAAUUAAAGGUUAUAGCAAUUGAUGAAAGUUCACCACCAUAUAUUGAUGUAGCACUUGUUCAGGUAUUAAUUGCUGGUUUAGGAAGUUCACCAGCAAAAUUUAAAAUUAAAGAACCUGUUUUAGUUACAAUUAACAAAACAAAUGGUGCCGGAACAAUACUUCAUCAAUUUACGGCAAUUGAUGCUGAUCCAAAUGCAAAAGUAGUAUAUUCGAUAAAUUCACUGAAAGCUUAUAAUGAUCUUGGCAAUGUUCUUCCGGAUUCUUCCCAAUUGUUCGAGCAUUUCCGUUUUCGUAAAAAUGGUCUCAACGAUGGAACAUUACAACUUGCGAAAAGCUUUAAAAACACUUCCAUUAUGGCAUUUUGGGCAAACAUUAGCGUUUCUGAUAUGAGCCAUCCGGAUGAACCGGAUGAUAAAGCGGAAUUAUUAGUCCAAUUGAUAGUACCGGAAGAGCAAAUAUCAGAUGCGGAUCUUGUAAAAUUUGAUCAAUCUCGAUCAGUUAUUGAAAUACCGGAAGAUACAAAUGCUGGCACUUAUAUCUAUACUGUAAAUGUCAAACCACUUCCGGCUAAUUUAGUGGGAAAUCAUCGUGUUGUAUAUUCAUUAUCGAAAGGACAUCGUGCUUUUGUCAUAAAUCCAAUAACAGGUGUUAUAACAACAGCAGCAAAAUUACAUGUUGGAACUAAUUAUAAUCUUACUAUUAUCGCCACUGAUCCAAACACGCAGGUGACAAGUUCAACCUCAAUUUUAAUCAAAGUUAUGCCAUCUAUGAAGCAACGUAUUCUGAUAUUUCCAAAUGAAUCCUACAUUUUCAACGUUACCGAAAAUGCCCCACGUGGAACUAUUGUGGGUACUUUAAUUGAAUCCACAAAUACCACAACCGAAAUUAAAUAUAUGAUUACUGGAAAUGAAAAAAAUUAUUUCGAAAUUGAUAAAAAGGGUACGAUUCGUAUACUUUUACCGCUUGAUUACGAGAACAAAUCCAUUCAUCAUUUUGUCAUAAAUGCUUUUUAUGAUAAUGGACCAUUUACAUUAUUACCGAUAACGGUUAAUGUGUUAGAUGAAAAUGAUAUUGAGCCUCGAUUUCCUGAACGAUCAUUUUCUGCAACAGUAAUGGAAAAUAGUCCAAUAAAUACAUUUAUAACAAAUGUUCCGGCAAUUGAUAAUGAUUCAAAAUUGGAAUAUUCAUUAAUGAUGAAUAGUGAAUCAUCAGCUUUAUCAUCAUUAUUACAUGUUGAUGAUGAUGGUAGCAUUCGUAAUGUAGAACCAUUAUUGGGAUUAGAAGGAAGAUAUCAAUUUGCGAUUAUUGCACGAGAUGAUCGACAUACUGGUGCAUCUGCUACCAUUUUUCUUACUAUUUUACCAACUUCGAAAUGUCAACCAACUUUUCCAGAAACUGUCCCAAAUGUCAUUUAUGUAAAUGAGAACGAAUUUCCGGGUUCAAUAUUAGCAAAAUUCGAAGGUAUAGUAUCAAGUAAGGAUUGUCCAGUAACAUAUGCAAUAUGGAAUGGAAAGAAAUAUGUUGGUGAAACAGAAUUAUUUACAAUUGAUGCUUUAAAAGGUGAAUUGAAAGCUAAAGAAAUGUUUGAUUGCGAGGAAAAUGAUCGAUAUGGUCUUGUAAUUGCUGCAUUCAGCGGAGAUUUAUUUGUGGAAUUAGACGUUGAAGUUCGUAUCGUUGAUCAAAAUGAUAAUCCAAUAGAAAUUAUUGAUAGCAAUGUUUUCUUUAGUAUACGGGAGGAUGAAAAUGUUGGCCUUUUAAUAACCAAGAUUCGAGCAUUUGAUCGAGAUAUCAAUGAUAGGGUUUAUUUUCACAUGAAAGGUGACAAUGAAAAAUUUACAAUUGGUCGUACGGAUGGCAUUUUGAAGUUAGCUAAUGAAUUGGAUCGAGAAGAGCAAGAUUUCUAUGAGCUUCGUAUAAUGUUAACCGAUUCGGAAGAGCCACCAGCUAUUGAGGAUAAUGUCGUAUUUGCUACAGUUCAAAUUAUGGUAUUAGAUGUAAAUGAUAAUGGACCAAUAUUUGAAAGUAAUAUAUAUAAAAAAGCAAUUCCACGUAAUGCAAUAACAGGGAUGAAAAUUGCUGAAGUUCUAGCAAUGGAUCCAGAUUUGAUCAAUGCUUCUUCACCAAAUUCUGAUUUGGUACGCUAUCGAAUCGAUGAAACGAUUUAUCGAUAUGCGGAUCGAGUUAGGCAAGCAAAUGGUUUCAUUAAUGUGGAUGAGAAAUCCGGAAUUGUACGAUUAGCACAAUCACCGUAUGAUUCAAUGGGUGGUGUAUUCGAAUCAAGUAUUGCAAGUACUGAUCUUUCUGAUAUCAUUUCUCAUGUUGCAACCACUAAAUUGAAGGUAUAA